CGCUGGUCAUGGAGAAGAAGUGAAGGCUCCACAGAGAGCAGCCCAGUGCUCGCAUGUAAACACCGGUCCAGCUGCCGCAGUGAUGGAGGGUCCGCCGCAGCUUCCUCCUGAACUCUGGGUCUGCGUGUUCCGCUUCCUCAGCACGGAGGAGAAGCACGCGGUCCGGUCCUGCUGCCGGCACCUGCGGAGGCUGGUGGACCACCCGUCCCUGUGGAAGAAGUACACGGUGGUGCUGUCCGACCUCCGCCGCUACACCUACGGCUUCUGGGACACCCUGAACCGGCGCAGACUCACCCGGGUUGCCGUGCGGCAUCUGCGGCGCAAAGAGUGGCGGCGCCUCGUCAAGUUCCUCCCGUCGCUGACGGCCAUCGUCUUCGUGGACGGGGGGCGGCAGUACAAGGAGACCUACCUGGAUAACCUGCACAGGUUCCCCGGCCUGCGGGACCUGGGGGUCCGGAACGCCACCUGGGACACUGCGAUCAUAAGCCCGAGCCUGACCCAGCACCUGCGGGAGCGCCUCACGCACCUGGGCGUGUGCAACGUGCGGCUGCCGUGCACGGUGGAGUUCAUCCGCGCGGUGUCGGAGCUGGUCAACCUGCGCUACCUGCUGUUCCACCACCAGGGGGAGGGCUACGGCCUGAACACGGUGCGGCCGGUGCCGCGCGGCGUCUUCCACCGCCUGCUGCUGAACCUGAGGAAGCUGCAGCACCUGUCCUGGGGCAUGAAGGAGGAGCCGCCGGUGCCGCUGCCGGACGACUACCUGAGCCCCCCGGACCCGGAGCAGCCAGGGGCCUCCUCGUAUGGGGGCCCGGGUCUGAGCAGCCUGGUGCUCGUGGAUUACCCCGAGAACGCGCUCCCUGAAAACGCCCUGAGGAGCCUGGUGUCGCUGCGCUCCCUGACUGUCCACUACAGGUACAUCAGAGAGGGCAUCGAGUGCCGCCUCAGCUCCUGGCUGAGUCCUCUGCACCAGCUGCAGUCACUCACCAUCAUCGGUGGGAACUCUCUCAGCACCUAUACAACCACCAUCCCGCCCACGGUGACCAGGCUGACACUGCGAGUCGCCGUGACCCUGAAAGACUUGGACUCCGUGGCCCCAAAGGUCCCUGGGCUGCAGCACCUGGACAUCGUUCAGAACCGCUCCAGCGGCAGCCUCUGUAGAAGAAUCCCAAUGCUGUUCCCCCAGCUCAGAACCCUCAGGAUUCGGUUCUUCCGCCGGGAGCCGGAGAAAGACCUGCUGAGCCUGGUGAAGCUGCGGCACCUGCAGCAGCUGGAGCUGCUGGUGGAGCGCUUCUACAUCCUCAGAGACUACCUGAACGGUCACCCGUGGCCCAGCUCCAGCGUGCAGGACCUGAUCAACCAGAUCCGGGAGCUGUCGGAGAACAGGAUCACCGUCAUCACCGCCAUGCGGCAGAGGGACCCUUUGCGAGACUGUGACUGUGUGUGGGAGGGGGACUGACCGGCCGGGCGUUGGAACCAGGGAACCACGUCUGAAGCCGGCUGCCCAGUCCAGACCGACGCCUCAGUCCUGACGGGACUGCUGCUGUGGAAGGUCAACAGUUACCCGGGGGAGGGCUCUCCAAAGACCGGACUGUUCUAGAUGCUGAAGGGAUGUUUGAAACGGGUCUACACGACGAGGCUGCUCCAGCUCCAGUUUAAUGAACAGGUUUAAUGGCAGAAAGUUUCACAAAUGGGUCCAAGUCUGCAGAACCAUCUGCUGGAUGGAGUUCACACAGUAUGCCUCAGAGCUGCAGCACACACCCGAAGGUCCGAUGAAGACCGGUUUACCUCCACCAGGAUGCACAAGAAACAGGGAUGGUUCUGUUCAGGAAGUAUCAAUAAUACUCGGACCAGAACCGCAAACUAUAGCACUCCCUAAAAGGAAAAUGUUUCCAGAAUCAAAGCAGAAAAAUUUGAACUCACUUUAUCCAGCAGAGCAUCAAUGGAGACUCCGCCCCCAACCUUCAGGAAGGGGUGUGCUAGUGAUGCUGGUUCCAGCAGGUACUUCCUGUUUGGAACACCAGGAGGGAGGAGUCUCUCAGUCGAGUUUUUAUCUACUGUUAUUGGGUUUAACCAGCAUCAGGGAGGACAGGCGGUUCCACAGAAGAGGAAAAGCAGCUGACUCGAUGUUAUGGGGAUCCAGGAGUUUGAGGGUCUUUUUUUUUUUU